AUCAAAUUUACUACACAUCAAAAUCUUUACAAAUUUUCUUUCUUCACAGGGUCAUGGAUACGUGGAACUUUCUCAAAAAACAAACAAAUUAAAUUAAAAAGAAAUCCAACUAGCAUUGAAAAUCUAUUAAAAAUUCAAACACGAAAUGGCCCCAACAAGACGACCCAGCGAUGGUUUGCUAGCUCGAGUGAAUUUUCCACUUUAUGCCGUGGAAAUGUUAACCAGUCGUCAUGUUUUGGUCGCCGGCGGUGGUGGAUCAAGUAAAACUGGAGUAGCUAAUGGAUUUGAAAUCUACGAAAUCUAUCACAAUGGCCAACAUUUUGUGGCCGAAGAAAUUGUUCGCCACGAAACUGGUGCUAACGUAGUCAUGAAUUUCGCUAUUCAAAACAACGAACGAAGGUCAUACUUACUAGCUGGCCAAGAGUCUCAUUGCCAGAUGUACUUUGUCAAUCCACGAAUUGUGAUUGAUGGUGAAGCUGCCGAGGCGGCUGCUGAGGGUGGUGGCAGCAAGAAGAAAUCUCCCGUCGAGAGACCAAAUGAAAAUGGUGUUCGACGGAGGGGAGGACACGGUCAGCCAUCUGGUGUAGAGGAUCUGCCAAAUGGUGGAGGAGAACGACGCACAUCGUCGUUGGAUGACGACAUGAAGGCGUUCAAAAAACGCAUCCGAUUCGACAUCAAGGCAGCCGACUCAAUCCAAACGGACUUUCUCAGCCAGGAACCCCUGCAGAGGGUUGUCCGCAUCGCCCCGAAUGGCCGUUCGAUGGCGACAGGCGGUACCGAUGGAUACCUCAGAGUUUGGUCAUUCCCACAAAUGGUCAAACGAAGUGACAUACAAGCUCAUACAAAAGAGAUUGACGACAUCGACUUUAGUCCCGAUAGCAAAUACAUUGUGACAAUUUCCAAAGACGGUCAGGGCAAUGUCUGGGACACAUCAACCAACAAACUUCAUCACAAACUCGCCUGGGACACUCCCGAGGGGGCAAAGUAUCUCUUCAAGCGUUGUCGCUAUGGCACAAUCGAAGCUAACCGCGAGAAUUAUCGACUAUUUACCAUCACGAACCCCCUGGGCAAGGUGGGCAAGCAACGAGGCUAUCUGCAGCAAUGGAAUUGUCAAGAUGGCCACCUGAAGAUGGCCGUCGGCAUUGAUGAGAGUCUGGCAUCGCUGGCGGUACGCGAUGAUGGACGAUUCAUUGCUGUGGGAACGAUGUUCUCGGGAAGUGUUUCCAUUUAUAUUGCAUUUAGUUUACAGCGUGUCCUUCACAUUCCAAAUGCACACUCAAUGUUCGUUACCGGUUUGGAGUUUCUACCGAUUACAAAUCAACAAGGACCACCAAUCUCAAGCGAUACAGAGGCAGCUGUUCUAUCAAUAUCGGUUGACAAUAAAGUUUGCAUACAUAGCUUGCAAUAUAGACACACGGUUCCCUAUUGGGUUGCUAUAAUUGGAAUCAUUCUCGUGAUUAUUUGUUCGUUUUUGUUGUGCUCGUAUAUUGGACUUUAAAGUUGUUUUGAGACGACAAAAACACUAAAUAUAAUUAAUAAUAAUUA